AUGAGACUCUCCAAUCCCCUCCUGACAGCAGCCCUGCUAUCCCCAGCCACGGGCCAGCUCCACCAACUCGCAAAGCAAGCCGGCCUCCUCUACUUCGGCGCCGCCACCGACACCCCCUACCAGCGCGAGCGCGCCCCUUACCCGGAGUCCUACCCGCAAUACGACGCCAUCCUGCGGGAUCCCAACGAAUUCGGCCAGACCACGCCCACCAACGGCCAGAAAUGGCUCUUCAUCGAGCCUGAACCCCGCCUCUUCAACUUCACCGAAGGCGACUACGUCGCCGACCUGGCCCAGGAGACGGGCAAACUCCUCCGGUGCCACGCGCUGGUUUGGCACAGCCAGCUGGCGCCGUGGGUGGAAUCCACCAACUGGACAGCCGAGGCGCUGACGAGCGCCAUCACGCGGCACAUCCGCGCCGUGGCGGGCUACUACCGCGGGCGCUGUUACGCGUGGGACGUGGUCAACGAGGCGCUCGACGAGGACGGCACGUACCGCAAGAGCAUCUUCUACAAUGUGCUCGGCGAGGAUUACAUCAAGCUGGCCUUCCGGGUGGCGGCCGAGGUCGACCCGGCCGCCAAGCUGUACUACAACGACUAUGGUAUCGAGCGGCCCAACUCGAACAAGACGGCGGGCGCCAAGCGGUUGGUAAAGAUGCUCAAGGACGCCGGGGUCAGGAUCGAUGGUGUGGGCAUGCAGGCGCAUCUGCAUGCGGAUAAUCACCCGUCCGCGGAGGACUUGAUCCAGACAAGCAAGGGGUAUGCCGAGCUGGUCAAGGAGGUGGCGUUUACCGAGCUGGACGUCAGGAUCAAGAUGCCUGUCAACGAUACCAAACUGGAGUGGCAGAAGGAGGGCUACCAGAAAGUCGUGACAGCCUGUGUCAAGGUGAAGGCUUGCGUCGGGAUUACGAUCUGGGACUUUUACGAUCCGUUCAGCUGGGUGCCGCACGUAUUCGAGGGCCAGGGAGCGUCACUGCUGUGGUUUGAGGACUUUUCAAAGCAUCCGGCUUACGACGGCAUGGUGCAGACGUUCAAGAAGCUGAUUGCACAGCAGAGCUGCAAGAAGAAGCGGAGAGGUGUGACCGGAGUGGGGAAUUGA